AGCGGGCAGCCACAGCGGUGUGACUGCCCUCUGCUCGCCCUCUGCUCGCCCUGCUGACCACUGCACUCCCUCAUGCACUGAAGGCUCGCAGGUGGGGCUGCUGGGAGUGCUUCUGGAGGAAGUGCUUCUGCUGGGAGUUGAGAGCGCACACAAAGGGAGACGGCCCCGCAUCCAUGGCACGAGCCUCGCAACUGCCACCCCUACGGCUAAGUUCCCACUUAUCCCUUUCCAAUCUCCAUUCUCCUCAGUCCAUGCUUGCUGCUUUGUAUGUCAAUGCUUGCUUAUUCCCUCCAUCACUGCUUGCUUUGGUCAAUAAUAAGACGGGAGGCAUCAAAAAUUCAUUUUGGGGUGACGGGCGUGUGGCGAUGGUAGCGCAUGGCAUUGGGGCGGAAGGGCUCAUACUAGAGUUGUAGGGGGUUAGAAACGCGUUCAUCCUCAUUCCCGCGUCCCUCUCUUACCUAGUCCCCCUCGCAUGCUAGCUCCAUGCCCUGGUGCCGUGCGCUACCAUCGCCCUUUCUCUUUAGUUGGCCUUUGCACCGUGUUUCACAGAAUGCAUUCUCGUUAUCGCUUUUGCUUCUUGCAAACAGGGUCAUUUCUUUGAAUCCUUCACUUUUCAUGCACGUAUCAUUUCCUUGUUGUAGCAGGUUUCUUUGGCUUGGCGUGCCUUGAUUCAACUUUCUGCAUCUCCCUCCCCAAGUGCUUUGCCCGCACUAUUCCCUUGCACCAGGCCCAAGGGGGUGUGCGCUGCAGAGCCGGAGUGGGAGGACAGUGGGAUGACGCACGGCAGGCAGCCACAGCGGUGUGACUGCCCCCUGCGCCCUGCUGACCACUGCACUCCCCCUCAUGCUGACGGCUUGCGGGUGCCGCUGCUGGGAGUGCGGCUGGAGGGAGUGUGACUGGAGGGAGUGCGGUUGGAGGGAGUGCGGUUGUUGGGAGGGCAGCAGCAUGGGAGCACGGGGUGCAGCAACGAGUGCAGCUGAGGGGCGGAGAAGGAGCGCUCUGCACGGACCCUUCCACACCCCUCCCGCUCUCCUCCUCCUCCUCUGGCUGCCAGUGCUCUCACCACGGGACCCUCCCCAGGUGGUAGAGGCAAGCGCCAUGAUGUUGGCAUGGUGGCUGCGAGGUGUGGAAUGGUCCCUGGUGGGACCUGCAGCUCCCAACACACCCACUCGCCCAUCCGCUCCUCACACUGCAACACCGACGGUGCAACACUGACAACCCAACUGCGACAACACAAUGAAUACCUGGACCUUCACUCCCGCUCCUUCCUUUCGUUUUGAGUUCACUAUCGCUCUUGCCUUUUGUCUCACUGGCCUGCGUACUCUCUCCCUCUCCCGCUCUCUUUCACUUGUCCUUCCCCUCCCUCCCCGCCCUCCCUCCUGCUGCCCCUCCCAUGCAGCAGCCGCAAGUGGAGGCAGCAGGGAAGGUGGCAGUGGGAUGACGCACGGCACGCAACGGGGCUGUGACGUGCCAUGCUGUGACUGCCCUGAAACUGGAGGCAGCAGUACUGUAUGCCCUGUGACUGCCCUGCACGUGCCCUGCUGACCACAGCGCGCCCUGCCUUUCACGAGCUGGUGGUUCCCAGAGCGGAAGGGAAGGCGCCAACACUCCAUGACUGCACUCGUGGGAAGCAGGAGCUGCUGCAGCAGGGAUGGGCAGGCGGGAGACGCAAGAAGGGAGCACGCUUCUCUUCAGGCAUCAGCAGCAGUGGCGGGAGUUGCAGCAACGUGGGGGCAUCACUGGCAGGCGCUGUUGCUAUGGGCACAAGGUCCACUGGCAGCGGCGUUACAAUUCCCUGAGUGGUUACUGCACUGGUAGUGGAGCACGAGGCCAGGUGGUGCGUGGCUGCGUUCCCCCAUCAGGCGGCACCGCUGCUGCUGUGCCUGCUCAUUGCCACCUGGGACAGGCUGUCAAACAGCUUCACUGCCCGCGCUGCUGCUGCUGCUGGUGAAAUAAGCAGGCUUGGGGUGGUAGGGCGGCUGUGUCUCCCUCAGCCACCCUCACCAGCUUGUUGCUUCUUCAAGCAUCAGGAAGCUAGGCUACUACCAACCAGCCGUUCGCCUUUCCUCGGUUUCACGACCGCCAUGGUUGCUGUCAGGAACUUCAACCCCGACAAUAGCUCGGAACCAUUUCGGCCUAUGCCGAUGACGCAACCAAGAUUACCCGCAUGCAAGGCCGCCUCCGUGACCGCGCUGCAUGGUGGUCCGCCUGGUGCGACAGCCGCUUGAUUCUAUCGGUGAUUACAUCUGGAUAUCGCCUACCAUGGGUUGCCUCUGAGCCCCCUCCGUCUCGUACUAAGAACCAUGCCGGUGCUUUGCAAUUCACCUCUUUCGCCGUAGGCGCAGUGGCCGAGCUUCUCGCCACCGGCGCAGCUCGGGUCGUUCCUCCUUCCACAACCCUCACAUGCGUUAGCCCCUUAAACGUGAUUGUCCAACCCUAAAAAAAGAGACUGAUAUUGGAUUUGCGGCAUGUCAACUCAUUCCUCUCAGUACCUCGUCACUCUCUGUCCACGUCAUUGCUACAGUUGUGUAAGGCUAGAGGUAAGGUAAGUUUCAUGGUAAGGCAGGUGCCCUGCUUUCCCCCCCUCAUCUUGAAACAAGUUGGG